GGAGCAAGAUGGCGGACGGGGUGCUGAGCGCCGGCGUGAACCUGGAGGCCUUCGCGCAGGCCAUAGCCGCCAUCCAGGCGCUGCGCUCGAGCGUGACGCGGGUCUUCGACUGCCUCAAGGACGGCCGGCGGCACAAGGAGGCCGUGGAAGGCCGCGAGAAGGGCUUCCUCGCCAGCUUCCAGGAGAGCCUCCAUUCCGUCAGCCGGGACUUGGGUGAGUUGGAACGCUUGAGUAACCUCGUGGGCAAACCGUCCGAAAACCAUCCCCUCCACAACAGCGGACUCUUGAGUCUCGAUCCUGUCCAAGACAAAACGCCCCUUUACAGCCAGCUGCUCCAGGCCUAUAAAUGGUCGAAUAAGCUACAGUAUCACACGGGCCUGGCCUCUAGUCUUCUGAAUCAGCAGUCUUUGAAGCGGUCAGCCAAUCAAAUGGGAGUUUCUGCCAAGCGAAGGCCGAAGGCUCAGCCCACCACCUUGGUGUUACCCCCUCACUACGUGGACGACGUGAUCAACCGCAUUGACCGAAUGUUUGCCGAGAUGUCUAUCCAGCUGUCUCGGCCCAACGGGACUUCGGCCAUGUUGUUGGUAACUUUGGGAAAGGUGUUAAAAGUGAUCGUGGUGAUGAGAAGCCUGUUCAUCGACCGGACCAUCGUCAAAGGUUUCCAUGAAAAUGUCUACACGGAAGACGGCAAGCUUGAUAUAUGGUCGAAGUCCAGCUAUCAGGUCUUCCAGAAGGUGACGGAUCACGCAACCACAGCCCUGUUGCAUUACCAGCUCCCACAGAUGCCUGAUGUGGUUGUCCGGUCCUUUAUGACCUGGCUGAGAAGUUACAUCAAGCUGUUCCAAGCUCCGUGCCAACGUUGUGGGAAAUUCCUGCAGGAUGGCCUCCCCCCAACCUGGAGGGAUUUUCGGACCUUAGAAGCCUUCCAUGACACCUGUCGCCAAUAAGCCAACCUAGAAGCCAACAAGAACAUCUGGAAGUAGAAGAUGGAUCUGAAGAAACUCAAGACAGAAGUCAACCUUCCGUAGAGCUAUGAGUUCUGAUUUCUCCUUGACCGAGAUCAAUAUUUCCAUAAAGGUCAGAAGGGUUAAAUGCAGCUUUGGGCGGCCCAUCAUGACCGGUUCCAUGAUAAUGACCUUGUUCAACCAAGAAUUGAGAAGUCCAUCUCUCAAAACUCAACCUCGUGGCUUGAUAUGAAUUCCUGGAUGGCUUUCAAGAAGAUCUAAGCUGGCCCCCGAACGAGUCUGCCCUUGAACAUCUGCUGAUAUGAAUAAAAACUCAUCCUUUCACUCUUCAUUUCUUUUUAUUUUUCUGUCCCUUUUCUACAGUUAUUUUUGGGGGGUUUUUUUCCACCCCACUUUCCAUCUUAAUAUUAUGAUUGAAGAUCAGGACCUGGUGCUUCAAAAGGAAUCUCAUUUACUUACUUUCAGAAAGGGUAGGUGUUCUCCAUGCUUUCUGAAACCUGUUCCUCACCUUCUCAAGAUCUCUCCUGGAUCCAGUCUUGGUCCUCACCUUCUCAAGAUCUCUCCUGGAUCCAGUCUUGGGACCAAACGAUCCCCAGUGAAAAGACUCCAUGAACCGUCCUUUUACAUUUGUCUUAUGUAUUAUUUCGCCUGCAAACUCAAGCUAGACAAAUGGAUCAAACUCUU